GGAAAGGAUUCGUUUGGAGACAGAGUUGAGCAAUUUAUGUUUGGAUUUAAUUCGGGAGCUGCAGCAGGAGCGGCAGCAGCAGCUGCAGCAGCUGCAGCAGCAGCAGCCCAAGGACUUUCUCUUCCUGCAGCGGCAGCUUUGCUUCGACGCCGUCAAUAAUAUCAUUUACUUAAAGAGACACAAACCGCGCGCGCCCCAAGCAGCAGCAGCAGAAGCAGCAGCAGCAGCAGCAGCAGAAGCAGCAGCAAAUGCUGCAGCAAAUGCAGCAGCAACUGCAGCAGCUGCUGCAGCGCCUCAGGAGGAAGAGGACGGUGCAGAUAAAGAGCACAAAUACCUCCCCAUAAACCCGCAGGCAAGCUUCAGAGCCUAA